GGGGCGGGGGGAGGGGGGCUGGGAAAGUUGAGGCCGCGCUGCCGCCGGGUCUCCGGCCUUGAGGGCUCGGGCUCGCAGCGGCGGCGGUGGCCGCGAGAAGAGGCGGCGGGGGCGGGGGGAGAGGAGGGCCUGGGCCCGCACUCCCCCAGCCCCAGAGGAGCAGGCGGCGGCCGCGGACGGAGAGAUUCGCCCGGGCGGUCGGACACCCCUGCUGUACCCGCCUGGGAUCAUGACCCAGGCGGGGGUCGCCGCCGCCGCCGCCGCCGCGGCCGAGACCGCGCAGCCCCCGGUAAGAAGAAAACAUAACUUAUAGACCAUCUUCUGGCAGAAGAUGAUAGAUUUGGAUCAGAAACGGGAGGCGUUGGAAGCCAGGAAUCAAAAGUGAAGAAAUUCUGCAAGCCCUGGGUGAGAAAGGUUCCUAUCACUGUAACCAUGCCAGAAAUGACAGAGAAUGAGACUCCUACAAAAAAGCAGCACAGGAAGAAAAACCGGGAGACACACAAUGCAGUGGAGAGGCACAGAAAGAAGAAAAUCAAUGCUGGGAUAAACAGAAUAGGAGAGCUGAUCCCAUGUUCCCCUGCACUGAAGCAGAGCAAGAAUAUGAUCCUGGACCAAGCCUUUAAAUACAUCACAGAAUUGAAAAGGCAAAAUGAUGAACUCCUGCUUAACGGAGGAAACAAUGAACAAGCUGAAGAAAUUAAAAAGCUACGUAAGCAACUGGAAGAAAUUCAAAAAGAAAAUGGCCGAUAUAUUGAAUUACUGAAAGCAAAUGACAUAUGCUUAUAUGAUGACCCAACAAUCCACUGGAAAGGAAAUCUUAAAAACUCAAAGGUCUCUGUUGUUAUUCCCAGUGACCAGGUUCAAAAAAAUAUCAUUGUUUAUUCCAAUGGGAGUCAGCCUGGUGGAAACAGCCAGGGAACAGCUGUUCAGGGGAUAACCUUUAAUGUUGGUCAUAAUUUACAAAAGCAAACCGCCAAUGUGGUGCCAGUACAGAGGGCUUGCAAUCUUGUGACUCCUGUGUCUAUUUCUGGAGUUUACCCUUCUGAAAACAAGCCAUGGCAUCAGACCACGGUUUCUGCGUUGGCUGCCAACCAGCCUGUUCCUCUUUGUCUUCCUGCUACCAUUUCUGCUCAAAAUAUUCUUGAGCUUUCCACCUCUGAAAGUGAAUCGAGCGUGCUUGGUGCCACCGGUGGCUCACUGAUCACGGUUCCCAUUGGUCCUGAACCUCACCAACAUCAUUCCUUGCACACAUGUCUAAAUGAUCAAAAUUCUUCUGAAAAUAAGAAUGGGCAAGAGAGCCCCAAAUUAUUGAAGAAAACGGUCCCUUGUGCCACAAGCAUCCCCUCCAGUUCCUCAGCAACUGCCAUUAAAGUGCACCAUGGAAGCAAGUCCUGCCUGAGCAUACAGGAUUUCAGAAGUGAUUUUCAAACCACCUUUGUUGUUUCAGUUGCCACCACAGUCUGCUCCCAGCCUCCCAGAUCUGCAGGUGAUUCUUGUCCUUCGAGCAUUGGCAAGGGUGCAGACACAACAAGUGUUACCGCAGUGGUGGCCCCAUCUGCCCCUGGAGGAGGGAAGACCACCACUCCUGUAAGCAGUCUUUCUGCAAACCCUUUAGACAAUGUCUGGACUCUUUCUUGUUCUUUGCCUUCUUCAGCUGUUAGUGCUUCAGAUUUGAAAAACAUUAAUAGCCUCACCCGCAUUUCCUCGGCUGGAAACACGCAGACAACGUGGACUACUUUGCAACUGGCGGGAAACACUAUUCAGCCCUUAAGCCAGACACCGUCUUCUACUGUGACUCCGGUAUUAAAUGAGUCUGGUACUAGUCCCACCACAACCAACCCCAGUAGACAUGUGGCUACAGGCAUCAACUUGAAUAAUUCCUUUCCAGGAGAUGGGCAACCAGUUGAGCAAGUAGUUGUCACCUUGCCUUCUUGUCCAUCUUUACCUAUGCAGCCACUAAUUGCCCAACCACAAGUUAAAUCUCAGCCUCCAAAAAAUAUCCUUCCAUUGAAUUCAGCAAUGCAAGUGAUCCAGAUGGCUCAGCCAGUGGGGUCGGCUGUUAAUGCAGCUCCGGCAAAUCAAAACGUUAUCAUUCUUCAGCCACCCAGCACCACCCCUUGCCCAGCAGUGAUGAGGGCAGAGGUUCCCAACCAAACGGUAGGUCAACAGAUAGUAAUCAUACAGGCAGCUAAUCAGAAUCCUUUGCCACUCCUCUCGGCUCCACCUCCUGGUUCUGUUCGAUUCCCUGUCAAUGGAGCCAAUGCUAUAAUAGGGUCUAAUAAUUCAGUGCAAAAUGUUUCGACCCCACAGACUUUUGGAGGAAAGCAUCUUGUCCACAUAUUACCAAGGCCUUCAUCUUUAUCAACAUCUAAUUCAACACAGACGUUUUCAGUUACCAUGUCAAACCAACAACAGCCUCAAACCAUUUCUUUAAAUGGACAGCUCUUUGCUUUGCAGCCUGUGAUGUCUUCAUCAGGAACUACAAAUCAAACCCCUAUGCAAAUUAUCCAACCCACCACCAGCGAAGAUCCAAAUACCAAUGUUGCCCUGAAUACAUUUGGCGCGUUGGCCAGCCUCAAUCAAAGCAUAUCGCAGAUGGCUGGGCAGAGCUGUGUGCAAUUGUCUAUUGGCCAGCCUGCCAAUCCUCAAACUGCUGCAAACAGUCAAACCACCCCAGCUAACUCCGUUUCAUUAACAACAACCAUAGCACCUCCCAUGACAACGGAAAAUUCAGCCACACUACCCACUACUUAUAAUGUAGUGACUACUCCCUCAGUGAACACUGCAGCUUGUUUGCCUAACAUGAAGUCAAAGAGGUUGAAUAAGAAGCCAAGUGUCAAGAAACACUUAGCAGCUAGCAAGUCAGUGUGCCCCCAGAAUCCAGUCAGAGAUGUGGGCAAGUUAGACUGCCCCAGCGCUGAAGGCUCAGCAGAGCCGUCCUGUAGUGAUGAGCUGCUGGGGAGCCUCCCUGUGGUGCUACCAUCUGUGGCUGUGUCCCAGGAAAAUAGCGUAAAUGUUUCUGGUUCACAUUCUUUGGAUGUUCUGAGUUCUGAACCAGUGAUACCUGAGUCAGUACCCAAAUCUAAGUCAGCAGAAGAGUCUAGCUCGCCCUCCCAAGAAUCUGUAACAAGUGAACAUUUUGCAGUGGCCCCAGCAAAACCCAAAGAUUCUGCCCCCAUUUUGCAACGAGAGACAUCUCAGGAUAAGCCACCGACUAGUUUUGCAUUGUCAGAUGCUGCCAAAUCCUGCCCUUCAGCCCACGUGUUGAUUCCAUCUCCAAAUGAUCCCCAUAUUCUGGUUUCUCAGGUUUCUGGUUUGUCAUCUACCACAAGCACUACAAAUACUGACUGUGUUUCUGAGGUAGAAAUCAUUGCUGAACCUUGCAGGGUUGAGCAAGAUUCAUCAGCUACCAUGCAAACCACAAGUCUCUUAAAGGGGCAAGGUUUAACUGCAUUGCUCUCCGGUCUUGCUAAAGAAAAAGACCCCCAGAAGUCAUCUCUUCCAGUCCAAGUGGAUCAUUCUGACUUCUCUUCAGAAAAUUCUAAAAUAGUUGAUUCAAGUGUUGAUUUACAUCCCAAACAGGAGCUAUUACUGCUGAACAGUGAUGAUAGAGAUCCAGGACAGCAUCAUUCCUGCCUCCCUGACCAGGAGGUUAUUAAUGGUUCUUUGCUCACCAGUAGGCAGGCUGACUCUCCCAUGUCAACCAGCUCUGGCAGUAGUCGUAGUUUCUCAGUUGCAUCCAUGCUUCCUGAAACAACCAGAGAGGAUGUCACCAUCAACACAACAACUAAUACGUGUGACAGCUGUACCUUUGUAGAGCAAACUGAUAUAGUUGCUCUGGCAGCAAGAGCUAUUUUUGACCAGGAGAACCUUGAGAAGGGAAGAGCCGGCACCCAGGCUGAUAUAAGAGAAGUUACUUCAAAGCCUCCUGAAGCAUCAUCUUUAGAGGGAGACCAGCCUUUCAAAACACAGGUAUCUAAAGAGACUGACCCAGGACAGGCGGAAGCAACACCAAAUGAAUUUAAUUCUCAGGAUUCAGUUGAAGCAACUGUGGAUAGGCCCCUUGAAAAACCAAGUUGUUCUAUAGGAAUUAAAACAUCAAAUGCCUCUUUGCAGGUUUCGACUUCUCAGCCAUCAAGCAUCACCAGUUUAAGUGUGAAUAAUCUUAUCCAUCAAAGUAGCAUCAGCCAUCCUCUGGUCAGCUGUGCUGGCUUAUCCCAAACUUCAGAGCAAACUACCGUUCCUGCAACAGUGAAUCUGACUGUUGCAUCUAGCUCCUAUGGCGGUCAGCCUCCUGGGCCAUCUCUGAUGACCGAAUAUUCCCAAGAACAGUUAAAUCCUAUGACCGCUACCAUACCAAAUCCACAGAUUCAAGAGUCACUCUUAAAGCCAAGUCAUGAAAGCCGUAAAGACUCUGCUAAGCGUGCUGUCCAAGAUGACCUUUUACUCUCUUCAGCUAAACGUCAAAAGCAUUGUCAGCCAGCUCCCCUCAGGCUUGAAGGUAUGUCUCUGAUGAGCCGAACUCCGGACAGCAUUUCUGAUCAAACUCAAAUGAUGGUUAGUCAGAUCCCUCCCAACUCUUCAAACUCAGUUGUGCCUAUUAGCAACCCAGCGCACGGAGAUGGCCUUACACGAUUAUUUCCACCUAGUAACAACUUUGUGGCCCCUGCCUUGAGGCAAACUGAAGUGCAGUGCAGUUCUCAGCCUUCAGUUGCCGAGCAGCAGCAAACCCAGGCCACUCAGCAUCUCCAGGCCCUGCAACAGCAUGUUCCAGCUCAAGGGGUAUCUCACCUGCAUAGUAACCAUCUCUACUUAAAGCAGCAGCAGCAGCAGCAGCAGCAGCAGCAAGCAGGACAGUUAAGAGAGAGGCAUCACUUAUAUCAACUGCAGCAUCACGUACCUCAUGCAGAGAGCUCUGGCCUCUCUCAGCCCCAUAAUGUCCAUCAGCAGAGAACUCUGCAACAGGAAGUUCAGAUGCAGAAAAAGAGAAAUCUUGUUCAAGGCACUCAGGCCUCUCAGCUUUCCCUACAACCGAAGCACCAUGGAACUGACCAAGCCCGAUCCAAGAGUGGUCAGCCUCAUCCCCACCAUCAGCAGAUGCAGCAACAGAUGCAGCAACACUUUGGGAGCUCCCAGCCAGAGAAGAGUUGUGAAAACCCUUCAACUAGCCGGAGCCACCAUAACCAUCCCCAGAACCAUCUCAAUCAAGAUAUUAUGCACCAGCAGCAGGAUGUUGGAAGCAGGCAGCAAGGUUCAGGGGUUUCUUCUGAACAUGUAUCUGGGCAUAAUCCAAUGCAGAGGCUUUUGACAUCAAGAGGCAUAGAGCAGCAGAUGGUGUCCCAACCAAGUAUUGUGACGAGACCUUCAGACAUGACGUGUGCUCCACACAGGCCAGAGAGAAAUAGAGUUUCAAGUUAUUCUGCUGAGGCACUCAUUGGAAAGACGUCUUCUAAUUCAGAGCAGAGAAUGGGUAUAUCAAUUCAGGGUUCCAGAGUUUCAGAUCAGCUUGAAAUGAGAAGCUAUCUUGAUGUUCCCAGAAAUAAAAGUUUGGCCAUUCAUAAUAUGCAGAGUCGUGUGGACCAUACUGUUGCCUCAGAUAUCCGCCUUUCUGACUGUCAGACAUUUAAACCAAGUGGAGCCAGUCAACAGCCCCAGAGUAAUUUUGAAGUACAAUCUUCAAGAAAUAAUGAAAUAGGUAACCCGGUAUCAUCAUUGAGGAGUAUGCAGUCCCAGGCUUUUCGAAUUAGUCAAAAUCCUGGUCCACCAUCGAUUGACCGCCAAAAGAGAUUACCUUAUCCACCAGUUCAGAGCAUCCCAACAGGAAAUGCUAUCCCACCAAGGGACAGUGAAAAUACAUGUCACCAAAGUUUCAUGCAGAGUUUACUUGCUCCUCACCUUGGUGAUCAGGUCAUUGGGAGCCAGAGAUCACUCUCAGAACAUCAGAGGAAUACACAAUGUGGUCCGUCUUCUGCAAUUGAAUAUAAUUGUCCACCAACUCAUGAAAGUGUCCAUAUUAGAAGAGAGAGUGACAGUCAGAAUAGGGAAAGUUGUGACAUGUCCUUAGGUGCAAUUAACACGAGGAACAGCACCUUAAAUAUUCCUUUUUCAAGUUCUUCUUCUUCAGGAGAUAUUCAGGGUCGAAACACAAGUCCCAAUGUUUCUGUACAGAAGUCCAAUCCCAUGAGGAUUACUGACAGUCAUGGAACCAAGGGCCACAUGAACCCUCCAGUCACAACCAACAUGCAUGGGGUUGCAAGGCCAGCUUUGCCGCAUCCAUCUGUGUCUCAUGGAAAUGCUGAUCAAGGGCCUCCUGUACGUCAAACUAAUUCUUCAGUUCCCCAGCGAUCAAGGCAUCUCUUGCAAGACAGCAGUGGUUCCAAAAUUCGUCAACCUGAGAGGAAUCGUUCUGGAAACCAAAGACAUAGUAAUGUCUUUGAUCCAAGUCUUCCCCAUCUUCCUCUGUCUACUAGCGGCAGUAUGAUUCUUGGACGCCAACAACCCACUACAGAGAAGAGAGGAAGUAUUGUUCGUUUCAUGCCUGAUAGCCCACAAGUACCUAAUGAUAACUCAGCGCCUGACCAGCAUACACUAUCGCAAAAUUUUGGUUUUCCUUUUAUUCCCGAGGGUGGCAUGAAUCCACCAAUUAAUGCUAAUACUUCUUUCAUUCCACAGGUCACUCAGCCCAGUGCCACUCGGACUCCAGCCCUCAUCCCUGUAGAUCCCCAAAAUACCCUACCCUCCUUCUAUCCCCCAUAUUCUCCUGCUCAUCCUACAUUGUCCAAUGAUAUUUCAAUUCCCUAUUUUUCUAAUCAAAUGUUCUCAAAUCCUAGCACAGAGAAGGUAAACAGUGGAAGUUUAAAUAACCGAUUUGGAUCGAUUUUAUCUCCUCCCAGACCUGUUGGGUUUGCUCAACCAAGUUUCCCUCUCCUCCCUGAGAUGCCACCAAUGCACAUGACCAACUCCCACUUAUCCAAUUUUAAUAUGACAUCUUUGUUUCCAGAAAUAGCUACAGCGCUUCCAGAUGGCUCAGCAAUGUCACCUCUGCUUACAAUAGCAAACUCCUCUGCCUCUGACUCGUCCAAGCAGUCCUCAAACAGACCUGCCCACAACAUAAGCCAUAUUUUAGGUCAUGACUGCAGUUCAGCUGUUUAGUACUGACAGACUAAACCUAAAUGUAAUGGGUGAGACUACACAUGUAUUUGUGUGUGUAUACACACACACAUGCACAUGAAGAGAGAGAUUGUGUGUGCGUGUGUCUUUUUGUGUGUAUACAAUUUCCAGUUAUCUUCUGAAUGUGGGGAAGCCAUGUCAGAGAUGGUGUAAUCACUGGGUCGUCAAAAACAAAUUCUCUUUUUUUAACUGCAUGGUGUGCUUUUUUAAUUUUCCAAGCAGAUUUACAUUUUCAAGUUUGAUCUGUGAUCUUCUAGUCCCUAAAUAUUAAUCAGCUGGAAAUUGGGGGAGAUCAUCUUGGUAUGUGCUGGGUAAUAGGAAGAAACCUAGAUUUUAAACUUGAUUAUUGAUAAUUUGUAAAAUAGAUGGUUGAAUUGCUCUCCAAAAAUCCAGACAGUUCAGUACAACAGUGACUCAUAACCAAAUGCUGGCCGAUGUCAGCAGCUAGGACAGUUUCUUACCCAUGGCAGGUGCUGAACUGAUGUAGAACGAACGUCCAUGGUUUAAGUUAGGCAGUUGGGAAAUCAGUGAGUUCUUUAAUCAGCUUUCAUUCCCAAGGUUUGGUUAGAGUAGAGGCUUCUUUCUUAAUUGUAACAAUUCAUGAAUUACCUGAAUUUCAUGUCUUGUUUUUCAAAUUAGGGAGCUACGUUAUCCUCGAAUGUGCCAAGAUCCCGUAAAGCAAAGAUCUUCCUUAAACAAUUAGCCUUAAAAAUAGAAAGCUAAAAAGCAAAGGAUGUCGAUGUUCUCCAUUUUGUCCUUGUGUUUUGUAUCAGGCCAUAAGGACAAAAGCAGUGGCGUAGUGGGUUUUCACAUGUGUUUAGUGAAAGGUUGUUCUUUCAUCAAUUGAAUUGUAUUUUAGUAUUCUCUCUUCGUCCUAUUUAUUUGAUCUUGAAAUAAAUUCUUUUCCAUUUGUUUAAUCAUUAGGGACUGAUCAGUAAAUAGUGUGUUUGGAAUCUACACAGUUAUUUGAGCCUUACUUUUUAAAUAUUUCUGAGCAGAGUCUUAAGCUCUGUCAGUAUUUUCAUUUACUGAUAUUUAUAUUUAAAAUAUGGCAUUGUAUAUUGCAUUAUUAUCCUUCAUAGUAGAGUUAUAAUGAGAAAAUGAAUUUGUUCCUUAUUUUUCCAGAUGGUAGAUGUGAAAUGGUGCUUCAAAAAAUUGUCUUUGUAUAUGUCCAUAUGUGUGUCUGAGUGUGUGUACACAGACAAAUUUUAAGGUAUAUACUGGUCCUCUGAAAAGAGGCCUGCCAUCUAAAUGGGAAAUUGAGACCUGAGACCUGCUGAAGUAUAGAAAAACUUAAUGCAGGGGUUUCAAAAAGCCUCACAGAAGUUAGUAAUAAAUUAAAAAGUGUGUAUAUACUCACGUAUUAAAUUUUGAAAAAUUUUUUAAAAACUAAGAAAACAACCACAUAUACUCAUAUUCUCAGACUCACUACUUGUUGUUGUUCUGUUCUGCCAAAAAUGGGACGGAGUCGGGGAGAUGCAUAUAAAUUGUUCUGUCUGCUCAGUUAACAAAAUGAACCCAAGGACCAGAGUUUUAUUUUUUCCUCCUUAAAAAAGCCUCCCAAGUCUUGGUGAGAUCAGUGAACUGCAGCCAAUACCUGUCCUAACAACCCAGCCCAAGGGCCGUCCGUGCCUCUGCACCUGUUCUCGCCAGCCCUUCCUGGCUCUUCUGCAGCCCACCGAAGCAGCCUCCGGGGGCAAAAAAAAAAUAGCGCAAACAAGAAAAACUCCUGUAUUUUCUCCCUUCAGGAUGGUCAUGGGGAGGAAUAAGAGAGCUUCGUGAAUAAGUUACUUAACAAAGGCUGCAGAUAGACACAGCAGUGAAAACUUUUAAUUGAGAAAAAAAUGUGAGAUUUAUGUCUUGUUUUUUAAUUAUCUUAACUGAGUUUUAAGCAUUAACAUUUAAAUUUUUUCUUUGUACUUGAAAGGGCCAAUCUGACAAUUUCAAGGACAGUUUUCAAUGCGUUUGACUAUUCAUUCUCUCUCCCUCCCUCCCUCCCUCCCUCCCUCUCUCUGUCUCUCUCUCUUUCUCUCUCUCUCUCUCUGUGUCACACACACACCCACACACAGCACAGGGACUGUUAGAUGUAAUUGGAACCAAGGUAACAGGCUAAAGAGAAGCUUAGUUUGAAUGCUGCAAUGGAAAGACCUCACAGCCUGGUACUUCCAGAUAUUUCUCUGUUGCAUUGAUUGUAUUUUUCUGCUCAGCUCUGUUCAGAGAUAGCAUUUACAUUUCUCAGAGCUUUCAUUCCAAGCAUCUAACACUUGGAUCCCAAAUGAGUCUCUACCCCUAAGUAAGGCUUAUUUGACCAUCUGAGGAAAGACGUGACCAUCUGCAAAUAAUUUGGCUCCUGCAUACAUGUAGCUCUAACUGUCUUACAAACGUGUGCAAAUAUAUGUAAGAGGUCAUUUUAUGUAUGAACUCAAUUCUAAAAGUGUUCAGAGCAUAGUAAUCUUAUUUGACUUAAAAGCACAAGUGUGUGAGAUUCACCAGCAGUAUUAAGUGUUUGAUAAUUAGAACUACAUGAUUUGGGGGAGGAAAUUUAUUACUUAAUACCUAGCAAUCUCUGGAUAUAAUUUUUGGCAAAGCAAUGGCAGAGAACAUGGUCAAUUUUGGUUAUCAUAAAUUUAAUGUUAUUCCUAGCUCACUAAUAUAUUCCCAUAGAAUGUAAAACCAUUUCCAUAAAUAAUUUUGUAAUUUCUGGAAAUAUACAAACUUACGAAUGAGUCAUAAGUGAGAGCCAUUGAUUAAAUCAUUCUCCUCUCUUUUAGUGUUAUUGAUCAUAUAGAAUCAGUUACAGAAAAUCGUUGCUUCCUCUAAACAUUUAGUACAGUAACUUCUAAUGAGGUGAAAAUUUUCAGAUUUCUCAUCAUGUAUAAACUUUUAAUGUCAAUCAUGGAUAGAAGAAAUCAAGUUUGAAGUCAUUUCUUAUUUUGGUACAUACAGGUUGUUUGGGGAUGUUUUAUACCGCUUCAGGAAAUUUAUUUUUGUUUUUAUUGUAAGAUAUUUUGGGGGUACCAGAGAUGGCACCCUUUUUCUAAGUAAGGAGUGAGAAUUCCAGAGUGAUUGUGCUUUAUAAAAUUUAACAUACCAGAACUGUGGAAAGAGAAGAGUGAGGAGGGCAUGUUCUUUUGCAGCGAUUUCCAGUCACACAUCAGGGUGAACUGCAGUGAGGACCAGCCUUCUUAAAUGCGCAGUUAUUUAAACAUUUUAAAGAUAAUUCAUUUGCCUUGUUCUUGCCUUCUAACAUUAGCCAUUUCAUGGAGAGGCUAAAGUUUAUACUCCAAAAAAAUGUGGAAACAUAUUUUAAUAGGAGUAAAGUUUUAAAAACUUGAGAAAGGGUAAAGACUUACUAAUAUGCAUCUUCUUAGCUUUAUUCUUUCUUUGAUACAUAGAUCCCUAGGCCCUCAUGUUCUUCCGUCUGCUCCCUAUCAAACAGGUGGCAGGGAACCUGGUCAUUUCCUUAGCAGGAUCGUUACUCCUUUGCCUUGCAGAGUUUCUUGGGUUAGUUUAUUGGGUUGGUGUGUGAUAGGGAGUCAUACUCCCAAGGUGUGAUCCUCAGUUCUUGGCUUUGGGAACCACUAGUCUCCUAUUCUAUUAAGAGGCAACAAGAAUUUCUUGAACUAAAAAUAGUUCACAGUUGAUUUAAAAUAUCAAAUGUGCCAUAUCGCUCUGUUCCUUGUUUUGGUGAGCUUGUUUUUUUCCCAUGGAGGAGUGAAGAAAAGGCAAAGGUGGUACCAAAAUCAGAUAACUUUGGGUUGAUAUCCUUAGGAACCUGGAAGUCAUUGUAAUUCUGUUGUGUGUAUCAAUCCUGUCUUUGUCUGGAGAUAAUCGCCCAUGGCUGUGUACAUCCAGUGGGCAAUAGUAAUAGCCAGAUACACUAGUGUGAAGUUAAUCUGUGAAUGAUGAUUUUAUGAUACCUAUACGCAAAUUAAAGGCCAGAAAUUAGUUUCUUCUUGAGAUAGCUUUUUGGCUGGAGUGCUACCAUUUCUCCUUCCCCAGAAUUCAACAGAAAAGGGUCUUUCUUUUUUUUUUUUUUUUGUGUACUUAACCAUAGUCUCCCUGCAUUCUACACUUCCUGUGUGAGCUUGAGAGUUUCUACUAGAGUCUGUGGGGGACAUCAGGUUUCGAGUGAGGCAGUCCAGACAUGCUGGUAAGAAGUGGUGAAGACCUUCUUGGACACAGAGCUCCUAGUUCUGCCCACACGCCUCUACCCUGGUACUGCACUUUACCUGAAACUGUGCCUCUGGUCCUAAGACCAGCCUUUGGAACAUAUGUCUCACCUGCUCCUCUCUUGUAGCAAAGGACCAGCUGGGGUGGUACAUGCUGCGCAGUUCAACACCUAGAAGACAAGUACAGCGCAUGUUUCUCACUGUUGCCUUAUCAUUCUCUGAGCCAUCUUUAAUGCCGAUCUUGUAAAAGACUUAGUAGUUAGAAGCAAAACUCCUUUUAAACUCAGAGCUUGUAUGUGGUGGUCAUUCAACAUCCUUAUUUCUAGAUUUGCACAAACCCUAUCAACCGUGAUCUUUUUCUGGCACAUACAUGUAUUAAGAUGCUUCAUAAACAUGAGCCAACUUGGGUUGAAAAUAUUGGGAAUAAUAUCCAAAUUGGUGUUACUUUGGAUGACUGCAUAAUCUGUCACUAGGGAUUUCAUGAGGCGUAAAAGAUAACUUCAUUUGUAAUUUAAAACUUAAAAAAAAUUAUUAUUACUAUUAUUUUUUGGCUCAGUUUUGUGUACAGCUACACACCAUACUAUGUCAUAGGAACUUAAUGUUUACUCCAUGUAAAUCCCCUCUUCACUUUUCCGGAUCUCUGUUCCCCUAUCCCCUAAGUCUUAAAACCAUUUUCCAUCUGUGAGGUCACUGAGGCACUGGGUUUGACUAUGUUGGUAACCUUUAAGGGGAGUUGAACUGCUGAUUUUCCAAGAAGAAAGGGACCAGACAGUGUUGCUUAAAAUGCUGCAGUUGUGUUACUGUGAAGAAGAGAUUGCUUCCACUUUCAGCAGGCCAUAUAUAUAUAUAUAUGUAUACAUUUUGGUAAAAAUAGGUGGAAAAAUCUGAGAACAUAAUUACCUUCACAAAUUAUUUAUAGAUACACUGGGUGAGAAGCUUACUGUAGGGCAGUCACCAGAAAAAACCUAACUGUAGUGUCAUAUUUGUAUGUAUUCCCAUGCCAGCAAUAUCUGCUGUGCACUCUGUCCCAUUACUGUAAAUCCCCUGGUUUAUAAUUCUAAUGGGAAUUAAUUUGUUUUGUAAUGGAAUCCAGAGCAGAUAUAUAUAAUAUGAUCAGGAUUGUCCUACAGUUGUAAAUAAGAAUAGGUCCUGUUUAUUUUGACAUCUUUUUACAAAUGCAUUGUAUUAGGGUGUGAAUAUUCUGAACCAUGCUCUUGUUUAAAGUUUUGAAAUUUUUAUUGGUAAAUGUAACAUUUUAAUGGUUGUAAUAAUUAUUUGUAUAGAUAUGAAUAUAGUAUUUUAUUUAAGAAAAUAAACUUUGCAUUUUUGCAUUGUGAA